AUGAUUUCUACAUGUUCAAUAUCGGGUAUUGGAUUUGUGCUUCCUAGGUUGUCAUACCAUAUUGACAUAUGGGAGGAGAGGAAGGUUCUUGGUUCACGAGGUCAAGGUCUCAAGGUUGAAAUAAUGGGUAAGAAUCACCUUCUACCUGCAAUCAAGAUAGCGAAGAGGGAUGCCUACUCAGUGAGAAUAAAACUGGCUGUUGGGUGUUUGCCAGAGAAAAUACUAACAGCAUUUCAGCCUGUUAUUGAUGAACAUCUUAAUGAGGAAGCUGCUUUAAACAACUGCACUGCUGCUGUGCAUGAUGUGGGUAAAAUUGUGGAAGAUGUACAACAUACAUUGGCUCAAGGAAACCAGUUGGGAUCCACUAUGGUGAAUGACUUACUUAGUGACUUACAAGAGCAGGAAAAAAAACUUACACAAUAUAUGGAGCAACUAGAAAAUGCGGAGGCUGCAAGGGCUUCAUUGCUUUCUCAACUUAAACAUGCACUUCAGGAACAAGAAUCAAGGCAAGAGCUUGUUCACAACCAGUUGCUUGUAAGAACAUGUCUUUAA